AUGAGUCUACAGAAGCAAACCCCCAGUGACUUCUUAAAGCAAAUCAUCAGAUGGACAGUUGUAGUAAAAUUAAAUUCUGGAGUAGAUUGUCAAGGGGUCCUGGCUUGCCUGGAUGGCUACAUGAACAUAACCCUGGAGCAGACAGAGGAAUAUGUAAAUGGACAGCUGAAGAACAAAUAUAGGGAUGCAUUUUUCCAAGGAAACAAUGUGUUGUACAUCAGCACCCAGAAGAGAAGAAUGUGAAGGCACCCAGGAAGCAGUUCAUUUCAUAUUUAGAUGUAAUUUAUAUGAAAUGUUUUUCUAUUUUAUGGGGUUCUUUUGUGAUAUAAUUUGUCCAGUUUUCAUAAUGGUGAUUUUUUUCCCUGAUAUAUGAGUAAGGUAUAUAAAAUUAUGAUUGACUUGUAAAGAAUUGCUCAUUUAAGUUUCAUUUUCUUUUUACAUGUGUCAG